CACAAUGGAGGAUUUGGAACAAGAGCCGCGGCGCCAAAUUCAAAUGUUUCGCAGGAAUGAUAAGAACCGAGCUACGGUGUCUACGUGCUCAUCGCUCGGUAUGGAGAUAAAGCGCAAGAAAAUCCGGGAGAGCGCUCUCUUCCCCCAGCAGGAAGACAACGGCCUACAAGAAAAACUUGACUUUGAAAUUCGGAUGAGAGAAGGAAUCUGUAAGCUGCUUUCCGUGAGCACUCAGAAGGACCAAGUAUUGAACGCAAUAAAGAAUUUAAUGGUCUGCAAUGCUCGUAUUAAAGGAUACCUUGCACAGCUCCAUUCACCAACAGAAGAUAAUGUACCAAACAAAGGGAGAAGGUUGUCCGAUGUAGGUGUCAAAGAACGUUCACCCUGCCUAGGAAAAGUGGCCAUAUCAGGCAUUCGGCUUCCUUUGAUGUGGAAGGAUUCUGAUCACUUUGGCAACAAAGAUAAAUCUCAGCGACAUGCUGUUUUUUGCAUGUUGAAGUUGGGAAAGGAGAUUUUUGACACGGAUAUGGUUAUUGUGGACAAAUCAAUGACAGAUAUUUGUUUUGAAAAUCUGAUCGUGUUCAGUGAAGCAGGGCCAGACUUUGAAUUAAAGUUAGAAGUCUAUAGUUGUUGCAUGGAAGAUUCUUCUAUAACCAACACUCCAAAGAAACUUGCACGGAAGCUAAGAAACUCAAUUGGCAAAUCUGCGGGAAAGAAAUUUAAUUCAGAUCUUGAAGAAGCCGAGCCAGAAGGCUUUUUGUACUCAAGUCCUCACAUGCCAGGAGCAAAAUACAGCUUACUAGCCCAUAUUACCUUCACUUUGGAGAAUACGGAGGACCGUUUCCGCACUCAUAGUCUUACAAUCACAGGUCAUGAGGAAUCCUCGUACUGGCUACCCGUAUAUGGAAGCAUUUCCUGCCGUUUAGUUGCGCAGCCAUCCUGCAUGACUGAUGAAGUCAUGACUGGAUACCUAAACCAACAGGUGUUGGUUGGAGGACUGCGUACCUUUAUCAGAUUACACUGUGUGCUGAGAGGUGGAAAUCUUCACUGCUAUUAUUCCCCUGAAGAAAUUGAAGCUAAAAUUGAGCCAACUUUAAAUAUUCCUAUUAACAAGGACACAAGAAUUCGAGCGGUAGAGAAAGAUUCCAAGAAAAGGACUAACAGCUUCUCCGUUAUCAACCUCGUGUCUGGAGAAGCCGUUACAAAAAUCUUCUCGGCUGACAGCAGAGAGGAACUUCAAAAGUGGAUGGAGGUUUUCUGGCAGCAUUUUUACAAUCUUAGUCAAUGGCAGCAUUGUUCAGAAAACGUUAUGAAAAUAGAGAUUAUGUCACCACGGAAACCACCAUUAUUUUUGACAAAAGAGGCAGCUUCAGUUUACCAUGAUAUGAGCAUUGGCUCCCCAAUUAAAUUUGAAAGUGUAACAGACAUUCUGCACAGGAAAAUAGAAGAAACAGAUGGAAGGUUUCUGAUUGGACAACCAGAAAGUGUGCAACCUCCAUGGGCUGCAUUAUUUGAUGGUAAUCAUGACCUACAUGUUGAGAAAAGCAAAAUGCCUCCAGAUUCAAUAGACGAGUUCAUGAAUCCCAUCGAUGGUAAAGGUAAGAAGAGAAGAGCUCCUCCUCCCCCACCCAACAGAGCACCGUACAGUGCAGAGUCUCAACAUUCAGACGUUGCUGAAAAAGAGAACUUCUGGCCACGUUCCAGCUUCUCUCGCAAGUCAUUUGAUUCAAAGUUAUCUUCUCUAAUGCACCCGUUCCAGAGACCAGCGACAGCGCCUCGUAAACCUAUUUUAACAGAAAAGUGUGAUGCUACGGACGACAAGAAUGAAAUUCAAACACAAGAUGAACAACCUGUAAAACCAGUACCAACCCCAAGGCAAAAGUCCAUCAAAGAGAGACUGGACCCUCGAUCAUGGCGUCUCUUACCAGAAUGACCUAAUUUUUUAUCUUUUAUACCAUUUUUUUUUUUUACAUAUUUUUCUUUUUAAAUUUCCAAUUGGACAAUGAACCUGGAAAAAAAAAUAUACACAGCCAAAUUAACUGCCAUUUGCUACAAAGUGUAAAUGGAAGGAAAAAAAUGUACUUUUGUAAAUUGUUACAUAAAAUAAUUGGCUUAUUAUUUUAAUCCCAGUCUUAUCCUCCUGUUAUUUGUAAUGUUCUCAGUCAUUGUAUAAGAAUUCUCAAAUACACUGGACAGAAAAAAAAAAAGACCUGGACUCUUAAUCUUCAAAGCGUUUCUUUCCUGUCAUUAGCCAUUGGCUUGCAGUCUGCUCUGCCUUGUAAUUACACUGAGAACAUGAACAUAAAAUGUCAAUUUAAGUAGAAUCAGAGGAAGAAUUCUUCUUGCCUGACGCUGCCCUUAACUGAAGCUUCUCAAUCAUUAGAAUCAAUAAUGGGAUACAAUGUAGUUCACAUUUUAACAUUUUAAAAUAAUCUAAUGGCAAAAUAUAAAAACAAAAAUAGAUGUUCUAGGUAUAACUGCUGUUAAUAUUCGCAAAAGUUAAUAACCUGAUAAUUACUGGAAUAACUGAAA